AUGAGUGGGGCAAAGGCUUCACAAUCUGAGGAGCUAAUUAGAGGUAAAUAUGUCAUAAAAGGCAGAUUAUUGGAUGUAUUAUUUGACUCGAGUGCUACACACUCAUUUGUUUCUGUGGACUGUGUGAAGUGUCUGGAUUUGCAUGUGACUGAAUUACCAUGCAAUGUUAUGGUGACUACCCCUACAGAAAUUCCAAGACUUUUGAGUCAAGGUACGUGGGAGAACACAGUGGACACUAAGGCCUUUAUGGUCAUGUUAUCAAUAGAAGAUGAAAGUGGAGUAGAGCCAGAGUAUAUCCUGGUGGUGAGGGACUUCCUGGAAGUUUUCCCUGAAGAUGUUUCUGAGUUGCCGCCAGAGAGGGAAAUUCAGUUCGCGAUUGACCUCAUUCCAAGAGCAAGCCCAAUUUCUGUAGUACUAUAUAGGAUGUCACCUGUAGAGUUGGCAGAGGUCAAAAAGCAAGUAGAGGACCUAUUACAGAAGCAGUUUGUGAGACGAGUGUGUCACUAUGGGGAGCACUAUUGCUCUUAG